AAUCGCUGAAGGUACUUAGUUCAAAACCAUCGUGUCACGGACAGAGUCAUGUUUGGUCAUUGUUUCUAUAUUCUGUGCUUCCUGGCAUUGUAACUUCAAUUACCGCGAAGUCCAGAAUCUGCGUACUAUGUAUAUAAUAGCGUUUACGUAAGAAUCGUUUUUAUUCAACUCCAAUAGCUUAGUGAAGGAACAUCGACGUUCUCGAUUGGAAUGAAAUGACUUCUAAAUUCCGACAAUAUUUAUAUUUUUCAUUGUGCAUGUUUUUGUUAACUUCGAAAGUUUGUGCAUCGGGCCUCGAGGAAGCAUUGAAAGAACACCUCAAGGAUACAGCUCAUGAUGAAGAAUCUGAAACAGUCAAGUUGGAAAAAGGAAAGGGGGAGAAAGAUCACCACAUCGACACUGAAACGAAAGACACUCAUUCAAAUAAGUUUUCCAAAGAGAAUGACGAAUCAAAAUUUCUGAAGAAAGAUCAGGAGAGCAAGGUGUCAUCAGAAAAGGAUGCCUUCGGAGGCUACAAUACUAAACAAGAUAAAGCCGAAGAUCACCACACUGAUGCAUUCAAAAGAGGACACAAGAAAGGCCAUCACAAACAAGGUUAUCAAAAUACGUAUCACAAAGAUGAGUCUUCGAACAAAAGUUCAUUCUUCGACGAUUUAAAUGACGAGGGCGAUCAAGCUGGAUAUACUAGUAAAGCAAAUACACAUGAUAAUCAAGAUGGUAGAAGUUAUGAAGGAUCUCAUAACAAUGGACAACAGUAUUCACGAAACGAUUACCGCGGCCGAGCCAACAACCGAUAUGGUGAUGUAGGGGAUAAACAUGCUACUCAUCGGGAUUACGGAAGAAAUUCAUAUUUGGACAAUUCUGAAAACUAUAACAAAUAUCGUAACGGACACGACGCUUACGUCAGAGGUAAAACUCACGAUCGACACGACCAUCGACAUCCCCACGUUCAUUAUGAUCCCGGUUGGGAUUGGAAUAACAGGAGAGAUUGGGAUCGACCUGAUUGGGAUAGAAAUCGGGAUUGGGGUAGAAACCGGGACUGGGAUAGGAGUUACCACAGGCCAGGUCACUAUGAUCAUCACGGUAUACGUCAUGAUGGAGGAUUCGGUCAUGGCCAUGGAUAUCGGUAUGGUGAGUCUCGAUCUGACCCAGUCGCUGAAUUACCCAGAGACGCACCGGUACCUGUAGCACCUAUGGUGGCUCGUAGAAAACAGACUAUAACGAUUUAUGAAGACCCUAGAUAUGCUGGCAAGGAAAAUGGUCAACUAAGAAGAGAAGAAGGUGAUUAUAUAGAACUCGAUUAUCAGCCAAGCAGUCGGAGAUACUCUAGUUACGACAGCACCUAUUAUAAUGUCCCCGCAAGAAGUGCAGAAUCUAGUAAAAUUAAUAGAUUAGUUUAUAACAGACGACAAUAAUUCUCAGCUUUAUAAUAAAGGUAAUUUUCUUAAUUAAGAUGAUUAUAGUAAUAGAUAGCUAUUACAAUAAGUGAAAUAAAUGAAUACUAA